GAAUGCAGCGCACAAACAAAUCCUUCACGGUGCUUGCUUGUUACCUAAUUCAAUUGUGAAGAUACUCGAUAUUUUAGUGAGAUAGGUUCAGUAAUAAAUUAUUCAGUUACAAAUAUGUCCCUCUGCAACGUUGGGAAUUCGUUAAAAGGAUUAAUACAGACCUAUCCGGGACUACAGCUACUUGGUGAUCGAAACUGUAUUAUCCGGGCAGACAAUGAUCCAGCUGAUAGUAAGGUGAAAUUGAUUUCUGGUGGCGGGAGCGGCCAUGAACCAGCUCAUGUUGGAUACAUAGGGAAAGGAAUGCUAUCCGGUGCCGUUUGCGGUAACAUCUACAGUUCACCCUCGGUUAGCGCUAUACUGGACUGCAUGAAAUCGGUUGCACAUCCGGACGGGAAUGUUAUUUUGAUAGUAAAAAAUUACACCGGAGAUCGAUUGAAUUUUGGUAUGGCACUCGAGAGGGCACACACAACGAUGGGAUUCAAAAAUGUACGUAUGUUGUUGGUGGGUGAAGAUUGCUCGAUCGAUGAUAAGAAUCUACGCAAAUCUGUUGGAAAGAGAGGUCUAGCCGGCGUUGUUCUGGUGCACAAAUUACUUGGUGCUAUGGCUGAGAGGGGAUAUGGCAUAGAUGAGAUUUUCAAUUUUGGAGAAGGACUGAUAAAAGGAAACUUUAUUGCCACCAUUGGAUUUACAUUCAAAUUGAAUGGCGAUACAUUGGAAAACAUUGAAAUUGGCAAAGGAAUUCAUGGCGAGCCGGGUGUGUACACAUUAGAGACGUGCAAGAAUUUCGAUAGCAUCAUUGAUUUUGCCAUUACUAAGCUGGUCAAUCGAGUCCCGAAAGCAGCGGAAAUAGUACUUUUGGUAAAUAAUCUAGGAGGAACAUCCGAAUUUUUAAUGACUUCAUUUGUAAAUAAUUUACUCGAUAAAAUACGACCAAUUUAUACAAUUCGUCGAAUCUAUUGUGGCACGUUUUUGUCGUCACUGGAUCAAGCAGGAAUUUCAUUGACGGUUCUGAAUCUUGCGUACUCACAAAGGCUACUAGAGUACUUAGAUUGUGAUGUAAACACUCCAUCCAAACUUUUCCGUCAAAUUCCCAAACAAAGUUUAUCGGAAUCAAGUGUUAUCAACAUGGGUUCAUCUGAAUCAACGUUACCAAUGGACAUAUCUAAUAUGUUUACAAUCAGCGAAAGUUUGGGGGCCAAGCUUGUUUUCACAAUUUUAUGUUAUGUUUGUGAGGCUCUGAUUUCUUGUACUAAUAUGUUGAACAUAAUCGAUAAAGAAACCGGAGAUGGUGACACUGGGACAACCAUUGCAAAAGGAGCAGGAGCAAUCAUGGAGCAGUUGGAUGCUGGAAAACUAGACCUGAUUCAUCCGGGAAAUUUGCUACAACAAAUAAGCACCAUACUUCAACAAGAUAUGGGAGGCUCUUCAGGUGCCUUGUAUAGCCUAUUUUUCCAGGGUGCAUCGACCGUUUUCAUAUUCCCUACUGAAGGAACUCGGGCCGUUUCCGUUGCCCACUGGAGCCGUGCAUUAGCUCAAGGUAUCGAUACUAUUAUGAAGUAUGCCCUUACGGAAAUCGGUGAUCGCACAAUGCUUGACGCACUUAAGGAAGGCGAACGAAUGCUAACCGCAUCUAUAAGCCAGCAACUAGUGGCGUUGGAUUGUGUGGAAAGUUUCACAAAAGGAUGCGAGGAAGCAGCUCGCAAAACCCAACAGAUGGUUGCGAAAGCAGGCCGUGCGGCUUACUCAUCCUCGUCAGAAAUGUCGAAUGUCUAUCAGCAUCCCGACCCAGGAGCACACGCCGUUUCGAUUUGGGCCCGCGCGUUAUUCGAAGCUUGCAAGCAAGUUAUCGUGGAAUAAAUGUGUCUGAACUUGGAAA